AUGGGCCCUAUCAAAGAGGUGGACAUGGUCCCUGUGAAAGUGGUGGACAUCAUAGAGAGGGAGGCAGACGGCAGGGAACUGUUGUCUAACGAAGUCCAGGCCAUCAUCAUUGACCAUGUGGUAAACAGAGACCUUACCAUGGCAGAGCCUGUCAGAGAGGUCUGGGAGAAGUGGAGGGAGCGUCUGCCAUACCUCUACAACCCUGGGCCUGUAACAGUCGAUGAGCAACUCGUUCCAUUUAGGGGUCGCUCUCCUUUCUGGCAGUAUAUGUCCAGCAAGCCAGCAAAGUAUGGCAUUAAGAUAUGGGUGGCACAAUCCAGCUAUGCUUGGAAGAUGCCAGUCUACACAGGGAAGCUGACCAGUGGAGGUCCGGAGAAAAACCAGGGGAUGCAGGUUGUGCUUGAUGUGACAGAUGGACUGACGGGACACAAUGUCACAGCUCCCCUUGCACUCCUUGCAACAAGGGGAAGAGAGGCCUUCUCAUCAAAGUUUGCCUUCACCCCCACCACCACUCUGGUUUCUUACCUCCCAAAGAGGAACAAGAGUGUGGUCCUCCUGAGCACACUGCACAAAACGGCUGAGAUCAGUGAUCGUGAGGACAGGAAGCCAGCCAUCAUCCUGGACUACAACCACAAUAAAGGAGGCGUGGACAACCUGGACAAGGUGAUUGGAACUUACAGCUGCAGGAGGAUG